CAUUUCCACGAGAUUCCCUUUUUUUAAACUAGAAGGCGGGUACCUUCACGCUAAACAUAACCCACAGCCCUCACAACACAGUCCAGAAGAGAGUAACAGAAGAAAAUCCAAAAAAAAAAAAAAAAUCAAAUCCAGAGAGAUUCUAUAGAAAAUGGCGGAUGGUGAGGAUAUUCAGCCUCUUGUUUGUGAUAAUGGAACUGGAAUGGUGAAGGCUGGAUUUGCUGGAGAUGAUGCACCAAGGGCUGUGUUCCCAAGUAUUGUGGGACGCCCUCGCCACACAGGAGUGAUGGUGGGGAUGGGGCAGAAAGAUGCCUAUGUAGGAGAUGAAGCUCAAUCAAAGAGAGGUAUUUUAACAUUGAAAUACCCAAUUGAGCAUGGGAUUGUUAAUAACUGGGAUGACAUGGAGAAAAUCUGGCAUCAUACUUUUUACAAUGAGCUGCGUGUGGCACCUGAGGAGCACCCAGUUCUUCUCACGGAGGCUCCUCUGAAUCCCAAGGCUAAUCGUGAGAAAAUGACCCAGAUCAUGUUUGAGACAUUCAACACUCCUGCUAUGUAUGUUGCUAUUCAGGCUGUUCUUUCUCUGUAUGCCAGUGGUCGUACAACUGGUAUUGUUUUGGACUCUGGAGAUGGUGUGAGUCACACAGUUCCCAUCUAUGAAGGCUAUGCCCUUCCACAUGCCAUUCUCCGUCUUGACCUAGCAGGCCGUGACCUUACAGAUGCCCUUAUGAAAAUCUUGACCGAGCGUGGUUACUCAUUCACCACAACAGCUGAGCGGGAAAUUGUGAGAGACAUGAAGGAGAAACUAGCCUACAUAGCUCUUGACUAUGAACAAGAGCUAGAGACAGCAAAAACCAGCUCAUCUGUGGAGAAGAGCUAUGAGCUCCCUGACGGGCAGGUUAUCACCAUUGGGGCUGAAAGAUUCCGAUGUCCUGAAGUCCUCUUCCAACCAUCUAUGAUUGGAAUGGAAGCUGCUGGAAUUCAUGAAACCACAUACAACUCUAUCAUGAAGUGUGACGUCGAUAUCAGGAAGGAUCUCUAUGGCAACAUUGUUCUCAGUGGUGGCACCACUAUGUUCCCAGGUAUUGCUGAUAGAAUGAGCAAGGAGAUCACAGCAUUAGCCCCAAGUAGCAUGAAGAUCAAGGUGGUAGCACCACCGGAGAGAAAAUACAGUGUCUGGAUUGGAGGUUCCAUUCUGGCUUCACUAAGCACCUUCCAGCAGAUGUGGAUUGCGAAGGCUGAAUAUGAUGAGUCAGGACCAUCAAUUGUCCAUAGAAAAUGCUUCUAAUUGCAGGACAAAAAGACGCCAUGAAGAAGGAGCAUAUACCAAAUCAUUUUUUUUUCAAGAAUGGGCUUCUAAUUAAAGUUGUUGCGGAGUGUGUGUGUGUUUUUUUUUUUUUUUUGCCCUCCUAUUUUAUGUUUUCUUACCAUUAUUUUUGCUUAUUUAUUUUAAUUGUUUUGGUGACGUAAGAACAAUGGGGGAGAUUCAAUUCUUUACAACAGUAGGUUGAUAGUAAAAAAACAAAAAAAAAAAGGCCAUGUAUUGUUACCGAUUUGUUUUGAGUUUGAAUUUAAGGAUUCCUUUAAUGUAUUGAUAUCGAUUAAUUAACGAUUGUGACUUGGGUUAUUAAUUAAAAAUAGACAUAUUUGAGGGGUGUA